GGCAUCUCGAGUCCUCAGCCGGAGGGGUGGGAUUUGAGGUUAUAAUUUGGAUUUGCAUAUCGACCGACUUGAAGUUCAUAAUCUCGCGGCGCGCUCAGCGCCCGCCCUCAUAAAAAUGCCGCGGAAGCCGCAGUCAUACGACAAUUACGGCGCUGCCGUCCCCGAGAUAAUUCUCGCUUCUUCCGACUCCGACUUCCUCGACCAGCUCAUUCCGGUUCUCAAAGAUGCUUCCCAGGGAGGGCGCAUGGGCGCUCUCGUGCAAAACUUCUCGCAGUAUGCCGCCGAACGCGAGUCCGAGAUCGAGAUGGUGGGCUUGACGAAGCACGAAGAGUUUUUGGGAUCUGUGAACCAGCUCCAGAAGGUCCGGGAAGGCACUGUCAAACUGACGGCCGAGAUUCUAGAGCUGAACCAAUCGAUACAGGCCAGCACAGAGAAGCUGGCGGAGCAGAAGCAGAGCCUGGUCAACACAAGGGCGGUCCGUCAAAACAUUGCCGACGCGUCUGAGGUGCUUAAAGAGUCACUAAAAAUCCUACAUGCUGUGAAUAACGCCCUUGACUUGAUCCGGAAGAAGAACUACUACGCGGCACUCAAGUCGCUUGACGACCUCCAGAAUGAGUUCCUUAUUCCCACGAUACAAAACAAAUAUGCAACCCAGCACAAACUGGCAGACCUCAUACAAAAAUCCAUCCCAGCAUGGCAGAAAUCCAUCUGCGAUGCUGUCAUGACCGACCUCAACACAUGGCUGUUUCGCAUUAGGGAGACAUCACAAUAUUUAGGAGAGGUGGCAAUGUGGCACACCGAGCUGCGGAGGGAACGCCAGCGCGAACGUGUGGAGACAAACGACUUCCUGAAGCGGUUCAGACUCAACUCGGCCAUCGAGCUUGUUUUCGACGAAUCGGAGGAAUUUGAUGUGCUGGAUAACGAAGAGUUGCAGGUCGACUUUACGCCAUUGUUCGAAGCGGUCCAUAUCCAUGAUGCCCUCACGCAGGUGGAAAGGUUCAAAUCCGAUUACGCCGCAACGAGACGGCAGCAGAAGGACCUGUUGAUGCCAACCAGGGUGAAUCUAGAAGGCGAGGAGGAACCGACUUUGAGUGCCUUGUUGGAGGGCAUAGCGGGUUUUGCCAUCAUCGAAAAGGCAACGAUGCAACGUGUGCCGCAGCUCAGGUCUCCAGUAGAUGUGGACGAGCUGUGGGACUCGCUGUGUCGGUCAGCCAUUGCCCUUGUCACAAAGGCAUUGAAGGAUGUUACAAAUGCGGAGAUUCUACUCAACAUGAAAGUCCGGAUUGCUUUGUUCAUACAGACUAUGGAGGGCUGGGGAUACUCAGUUUCAGUGCUGGAUAACUUCCUCCUGACGCUGUUUGACAAGUAUGCCGAGCUUCUUAAGCGUCGCUUCAGCGAAGACUUCCAGGAGGUACGAUCUCUUACCUGCCCGGAUCCACACGCUCUGGCCUUUACUGGUAUAUCUGAACUUGGGAAGGCUAACAUCCCGUAUCAUCAGAUUGUCUCUACCGACGACUAUAUGCCCAUGGCUAUUAAUAACCUCGAGGAAUAUGAAAAAGUUGUUAAUGUCAGCUGGUUCACACCCGAGAAACCUGCUGAGGAGUUGAGCUUCCCAUGCGUUCUUCCGUUCUCCCAGAUGUACCCACUGUGCUGUAUAGAUAUAAGGAAUUUCCUCAACCAGUUCUAUUUCUUUUCGGAUGAUCACUUUCAGCACCCCAAUAUCAUCGACGAAACUCUCAGAAAGUCACUGGACUCCCUUCUCACGGAGAAGGUGUGCCAAUCGCUGGUUGAGCGGCUGAAUUCUCAGUACUUGGGCCAGAUUGUUCAAAUUUUGAUCAACUUAGAGCACUUUGAGAUUGCAUGCCAGGAGCUUGAGCAACUGCUCAUUAGAGCUAGAUCCUCGACUUCAGCAGGCGGGCCUGUGACUCUCAGCGCCACAGAGCAGUUCCGAAGUAAUAAGAAGACUGCGGAGAAGCGGAUAUUCGAGCUUGUAAACUCCAAGAUUGAUGAUCUUGUUGACACGGCCGAAUACGAUUGGACUGCCGCCAACCCCCAACUGGAACCAAGUAACUUCAUACAAACCUUGACUCGCUAUCUCGCCAACAUCAUGAGCUCUACACUCCUAGGUCUGCCACGAGAAAUCAAGGAGCUUAUUUACUUUGAUGCCUUGAGCCAUGCGGCAGACAAGAUAUUGACAUUGCCGAUGGCCCCGGAGGUGAAGCGAAUCAACCCCAACGGCGUGCAGGCUAUGGAGACGGAUGUGCGCUACCUGACCGAAUUCGUGGAGAGCCUGGACAAUUCUUUCAUGCUCACACAGACGCUGGACGAGCUUCAACAAACCGUGGAGCUCAUGAAGUCCGGCAACAGCGACGAGUUCUUCGAAGCUGCAGUGCGGAACAAGAAGUAUCCCCGAGUCAACGCCAUGAACGGACCUAUCUUGCUUGAGAAGUUGUCAACCACGGUGGAAAAUACUCCCAAGGGCACACCUGCGCUUGCGGGAUUCUCAUCUCGUUUUGGUUUCAGCUGAUCUACUCUCAGCUCUGGAAGGGGCAUUUUCGCGUUGAAAGUUUUGCCCGGGUAUUUUUGAGUUGUGGAACACAGCACACAGCACAGGCCAAAAUCAAGUAAUUCUUUUCUCAGUGAACGCUGUUUGUUUAAAGAAAAAACCGACGUCAUGUACUCCGUCACUCAUGGAUAUCCCUCAAAAAUGGCGUCUCUGUAGGUCCACCCAAUCUCAGAGUCCCUCACGCCUCCAAAUGUACAGUGCUAUGAAUAGAAACAAGAAGAAAAAGAUAUGGAAAGUCAAUCCCUUGGGGUGAGGAAGAAGCUAUUUACGUAGCACAUUCGCGAUACACGCCAGGUUUUUCAAGGGAAUCUAAAAAAAAAAAAAAAAAAAAAAAAAAAAAAAACGCCUGUUAUCUUUCAGUUUUUGGCCCA